AAAGCAAACAAAAACAUCCUAUAGUCAGUAAAACUUUCCGUGAAAAAAAUCUUUUGUGAAUGUAAACUUCAGGUAAAGGUGGUGUGUUGGCAGCUGCUGAAGGAGUCAUGUGAGAUGGUGCUGAAGUGUUUUAUCAUGUCUUCAGACAAAAACCUCUGGUGCUUGUGGUGUGCAGAGGCUUUGAAGGCACCUUGCACUUUUGUGUUGCUUUCCCUGUGGCUGUUUUGAACUGCCAGCUGUGCAAGUGGCCAUUUUUCAUGCUUCUCAGGAAAGCAGUGAGAAUAGCACAGACUCUUUACCAUAGCUCACAGCUAAUGUAUUUCUUGUCCUUUCUUCUAUGGAGUUGUUACAAGGUGGCCUUUGAGUUUUCUGAGAGAUUGAUAAGGACAUUAGGUCUGUGUCAGGACAAGCCAGCAGGACACCAGCACCUUUUUGUGAAGGUUGACAGGAGAACAUCAUCCCAAGUGUCUGGUCCAGCUCUUUGGUAUUCACCUGAUGGCUUCUAUUUUCUGCUGUGUGCAGAGGAGUGAAUGCCCCAUGUUGUGUUAGUGCCUGUCUGCCAUGCUGGCCUGUCUGCCAGGACCAGGCGACCUCUCCUUUCAGCUUCUUUCUUACACGCAGAUGAACACUGGACUUCAGAAAUGGGACACUACACAGAAAAUGAGAUCUGCACAGUAUCCUACCCCAGCAGAAUUGGAUGCUUAUGCUAAGAAGGUCGCCAACAAUCCACUGACUAUAAAAAUCUUUCCGAACAGCGUCAAGGUUCCCCAGAGGAAACACAUACGCCGUACUGUGAACGGACUCGAUACUUCGGGCCAGAGGUACAGCCCCUACCCAUCUCAGGCCACCACGAAAACGGGCCUGCUGGCCAUAGUCAAAUCCCCAGCGAAAGGAAUCAUCAAGGACUUUGACGGGACGCGGGCGCGCCUGCUGCCGGAGGCGAUGAUGAACCCCCCCUCCACGCCCUACGUUGCACCAAGCACUUUACCCCACCCGCAGGCGCUCGCUCGCCAGCAGGCUCUCCAGCAUGCACAGACUUUGCCGCACCCCCAGAGCAUCCCGCAGCACCCUCAGGGUAUUCCACAGCAACCCAGCUUACCGCACCCUCAGGGGAUCCCGCAGGCGCUGCCGCACCCGCAGAGCAUGCAGCAGCCGCAGGGCUUGCAGCACCCUCAGAGCAUGGCACACCAGAGCCUGCAGCACGCCCCCAACCCGCUGCUGCAGCCGGGUUUACAUGGAGGCAGAAAGAUGCCGGAUGCAGACGCGCCGCCGAAUGUGACCGUGUCUACCUCAACCAUUCCCCUCUCUAUGGCUGCCACCCUGCAGCAGAACCAGCCGCCCGACCUGAGCAGCAUUGUGCACCAGAUUAACCAGUUCUGCCAGGCCAGAGCUGGCAUUAGCACUACCUCAGUGUGUGAGGGACAGAUUGCAAACCCCAGCCCUAUAAGUCGCAACCUGCUUAUCAAUGCAAGUACCAGGGUAUCUACUCACAAUGUCCCUACACCCAUGCCUUCCUGUGUAGUAAACCCUGUCGACCAUACUGCUGCUGCUAUUCCUCCUGCCUCUGUUAAUGUGCCCAUGGUCAAUAUUAACAGGGUGCCACCCGCCUACCAGAACGAAAUCAAAUCGGUUGCGUGGAACCAGCACCAGCUUGCACAUCUGCAGCAAAUGUGUGGGGAUGCUGCUGGGCCUGCUGGACUCGCAGGGAAGCACCCUCAGAGAGAGAUUGCAGGGCAGAGUUUCCCUGGCAAAACCUCCAACUACCCUCAAGAACUGUGCAUGAGCCAGUCCUUCAGCUUGAAGCCCCCCAUCGAGAAGCCUACGCCUUCUCCGCCUAUGAAUGGGUUGCAGGGACCUUUGCCAUACACCAAUGGGCACUAUUUCCAGCCCCUCUGGAAUAACAUUCUGCCCACGCCCAACAGUGACAGCUCUGGGUCCCAGGACCUCGCCAUGCCUUUCCACGGGGGACAGCCAGCGGGAGCGCCGCUGGAUUGUGCAGGAGGAACUCAUUUCAGAGCUGGAGCUGGCCCAUCCAGCCAGAAUAAUGUGAUGCAGACCAUGGAUUACCUAAGUGGGGACUUCCAGCAGUCCUGCUUCCGAGACCAGAGCAUGGCUGUGCUGGGAAAAGUCCAUCGGCCUCCCAUGAACCGAGCACCUGAACCAACCGAUAGUCGAAAUCUUCAUAUUCAACACCCAGGGUAUAGAUAGGCUGCAGUCACUUUCACAGACAAAAAAAAAAAAAUUAUAGGUUUUAGUCUUAAUUUUAAUUAAUAAGCAAGGCAUUUUUAACUUGCAAACUUGUGUGAUCAUUAUAGUACCCAUUGGAAGAAGACAUACUGUAUAUUUAAAGAGCUUUGCUUACAUGUUAUCUCUCUCCUUUAUGCAUCAAAUAUUUAACAUGCCUUUUGUGUCAAAGAAUUUCAUUACACUACUUCACUCCACAGCUGUUUCCUCACCGCAGAGUCCCCCCUUGGUGCAGCUUUUUUUUGGCCUUCUGCUGAGCAGCUCCUCUCUGGACUGAGGUUGAGUUGCUGCAGGGUUUUGCAGCCACGUGCGUUCUCCAGCGAGAGCAGGGUAGCGUAGCUGCUUCCAUUUCCAUCUCAAUUUCCUCACAGGAUUAAGAGCAACAGAAUUUUGUCAGGGAGUAGGGCUUAUUUUCAACUCGAAAGCCCAUUUCAUUAAUGCAUUAAACAUUGACCAUUUGCACUGUCUAGAGGCCUGUGUAAUUGAAAAAGAGCCUACAUUUGAAAAGAGCCUGCUAGGGGUAUGUAUUUAGGCUUUAAUAGAGGGAGAAGCUUUUCAGCUGUUUCUUGCCCAUGUUUAUCAUUUAGACUUUGUCCAAAGUCAAAAGUCUCUGGCAGAUUUUUCUGACACUUUCUGUUUUCUGGACAGGGUAUGCAGGAGGGGAACGGCGGGUUUGGGACGAAGGCAGCCACGGGGAGCUGCCUUUCUUUGUGUUCCCCCUCCCCACUGCCCUUCCACCAGCCUCAAAGCUCACAUUGUCUGAAUCCCUCGCUGCUAGGAGUCUGGCCAGCCUCAUGUGAAGGGAAUCCAGACCCACUGACAACUCCAAAAAGGGUUCAGCCACUUCUCUGGAAGCUGGAAUUACUGUCAGGGUGAGGAGAUGUAGCUCAGCCCAUCCCCGGUGCAGCGAGCGCGGUCCCGCUGUGGGAUGGGAGGUGGUUGGUCUGAAUCAAAGCUCUUCUCACAAGCCACUGUGGGAUUGACAGUCCCCUGUUCCUCUCCAUCAAAACACCCCAGCAGAUUUAAUGGAACAAUUCUUCUCCCUGGGAAUUAGUGAAGCUAUUUAUAACAUCCCUUUUUCCCAGGGUCUCGGUGCCUAACUCCUUCUGUUCCUUCCCCACGUCACUUCCAGCAGCCAGUUGAGUCAGUGACUGUAGGACACUAAUUACUGGGUGACCUCAGCAUCUUGUUCUCCUCAGUGUACCAAAACAUACCUUUCCUUUCUAACAGCCGAAUUUAUUGUAAGUAGAAAAUUCCUCAUCUCUGUUAACGAGACUAAUACUUGAACGUAAUGAUCACAAUCAAGUUU